GUUCACGUUUAAGUUUAUGUUUGAGAGCUAUGUGACACUUUUAAGACAAGUCAUCCGCGACAUAACAUUUUCAACUGCUUGCUUCAUUAAAGCAGGAAGUCCAAACAUUGAUCCGUAGUAGGCAUAUAACGUGCCGGGAUACGUUAUCAACUGUAUAUAUUUACACCGUCUAGCUGGAGGAAAUCAUCGAUGUCUUAUUCUCCCAGAAGAAUGGAUAUCUCUAAUUCUGGCAGCUUGUUUUCCAUCCUGAUUCUUGAGCUUGUUUUUCUUCAAGGUACACUUAUAACAAGAACACAAGCUUCCAGUGGAGGUUGUUUUACAUCCGCGUUUGGCAUGGCAAAAAGAAGAAUUCCAGACAGGGAUAUCACAGCAUCAUCAGCACUGGAUGCUGACUCAUCUGCUUUUCAUGCAAGAGUGAAAAACACAAAAGCAUGGAUUCCCAGUUCAAAUGAUAAAGAUCCAUGGAUACAAGUGAAUCUACAAUAUGGGAGAAAUAUGACUGCUAUUGUUACACAAGGCUUCAAUGGUUCUUUUGUUAAGUCGUAUUACGUGAGUUAUGGUGAUGACGGAAGUAACUGGAUAAACUAUACUGUUCAAGGAAAAUUAAAGGUACAUUUAUUUGAUAUUAAGAUGAAUAUCAAGUUAAAAAUAACUAAAUUUAAUGCUUUUCAGGGUAGAACUAUAUAUAUUUUUUGUGCUCGUUUGCAAGUGAGUAAAAAGACUGUAAAAUAUUAUGCUUUCAAAUUUGCUAAUUUUAGCAAAUUUGGAAGCAUAAUAUUAUUGUUGUUAUCGAAGUCAAGAUGAUCCAAAAAUU